AUGUCUCGCGCUUUGGAUAAGGAAAUUUUGGCUUCAUUGAAGUCAGAAGAUCCCGUCUUCGUUUACCAAGACAUCUCAAGCAUCCUGGUCUACCCGCCGAGUGACAACCUCUUAGAAAUCGAGCUGCUCGGCAAAAGUCAUCCUUUAGAGCCGGGCAUCAACUUCCUCCAGGAUGGAAACGCAGUGGCAAUACCAAAGCUGAGACUGACGCAAGCGUUCUUCGUGGCCUGCCAGAUAAUACGAAAACAUCUUUCAGAACCGCCCAAGUCACCAAUGGACAAGACAGUGGAAGCCACGGCGGUGGUGCUACUUAUGGAUCCCGAGCAUCUCACAGCUGCAAACCUCAGGAAAAGGGCGGUCCAGUCGAGGCUGGCUAAAGGAGAACCAGUCCAAAUAACGUUGCUCCGCGAAACAAGAUUUGUGGACAGCUUACUUACGGCCCGUCUACACCGUCAUACGAAGUCUCCUACUUUAUGGAGCCAUAGGCGAUGGUUGAUGCGGAGAUUCCAUGAAUGCGGCCUUCAUUACGACCUUCGGGGAUUCAUGGGGAAUGUAGUCAUGGUCGCCGCAGAAAGACACCCGAGAAAUUACUACGCUUGGGACCAUGCGAGGUAUCUCGUGAAGGAAUCGCAGCUUGAAGCUCAGUUGUACCGUGGCCUGGUUGAUGAUGUCAAAGAAUGGUGCUUCAAACAUCAUAAUGACAUAUCCGGCUGGAUGUAUCUCGGCUUUCUUGUCUCGAGCAUCGGGGAGGAGGGUGAGAGGGCGGCCAAGUGCUCAUCUGUUCUUACAGACACCAUCGACCUUGUCAGGACUUUUCAGUGGACGAACGAGUCCGUUUGGGUAUUCUUGCGUACGAUGACUGCGAGAGAACCGGCAAGCACUGAGACCCUCGAAUCUUUCGAUAGCGUCAACAGAAGUUUGGCUUCUGCUGCUGGCGAUGAUACGGCUACUGGGAAAAUUCUCGAUGAAGCAAGACAAUGGGUCGCAUCAAACCCAAUAGACAGAAAAAAAGUUUGA